AUGUGGAAUGGCUAUGAGAGAGUUUUGAAAAAUAAACCUCGGAAAAACAACUCAGUUGAAGGCUGGCACCAUGCAUUUAAUUCAGCAUUAGGAACAAAUCACGUUACCAUUUGGAAGUUUAUCACAUUUUUAAAGCAGGAACAAGCUUUACAAGAGGUUCGGUUAGAAAAUUUAAUUUCUGGAGAGCCUAGUCCAAAAAAAAAAAAUAUAUAA